AAAUGGAGGCGUGGAUACGACGCAUGCGCGCUCCGUCCACAACUAUCCAGUCCCGUCCACAAGCGCAGACAUCAACAAGAGAGCGGGUUACUGAUGCGGGUUGAUUUUCAUAAUAGUCACAUCGUAACGACGCGCUACAAGAACCAGUACUUUCCAUCGGCUUCACGCAACUUACUGCAACAAGAUGUUUGGCUUCCAUAAGCCGAAAAUGUACCGGAGUCUGGACGGAUGCUGCAUCUGCCGCGCAAAGUCGUCCAGCUCCCGGUUCACGGACAGCAAGCGAUACGAGAAGGACUUCAGGAGCUGCUUCGGGCUGAGCGAGACGCGGUCCGGUGAAAUCUGCAAUGCCUGCGUUCUCCUGGUGAAGCGGUGGAAGAAACUACCUGUGGGGACCAAGAAGAACUGGAACCACGUGGUGGAUGCGAGGGGAGGCCCCAGCUUAAAGAUCACUUCCAGGCCCAAGAAGAUAAAGUCCAUCUCCAAGAAAGCCCGGCCGACCCAGAUCAGCAGGCUGCAGAAGGAGCUCAAACGAAACAAUUCGGAUGCUCACAGCACCACCUCCAGUGCCUCUCCAGCUCAGUCUCCCAGCUACAGCAACCUGUCAGACGACGGCUCUGACACGGAGCUCAGCCCCGGAUCCAGCCGCUCCCCUGUUUUCUCCUUUCUGGACCUCACGUACUGGAAGAGGCAAAAGGUGUGCUGUGGAAUAAUCUACAAGGGGCGAUUCGGGGAGGUGCUCAUCGACCCCCAUUUGUUCAAACCGUGCUGCCGCAACAAGCGACCGCAGCAGCAGCAAGAGGAGGAGGAAGACGAGGAAGAGGAGGAGGAUGAAGAGGAAGAGGAGGGCCAGGUGGGCAUAGACAACACUGAGCAAAAGUCCCAGACAGAAGAGGGUCCAAAGGAGACGCCGAUGUGUGAGCAAAAUGCAGAGCUCCAGCCAGGAGUGUGCCAGUAGCGAAGGAAGGGAGUAGUGGGGUAGCCGAGGUUCACACCACACUUAUGAAGUAAUCUUGGGGAGCUGUGUUUUUGUUCUCUUUGGGUUUUUUUUUUUCACGAGCACUUGCAGAAAGAAGUUGCCUCAGAUUGCCUUCAAUCAUAAAGCAGCUGAAAAUCCUUGGUCUUCUCCAUGAUACUUUUGGAGGUUUGUUUAUUAUGUUUAAAUGGUAAUUUAUGGACUGUUGUUUCCUCAGUGUCUCUUCUUUUUCUGUAUUUAAUAUUCUUACCAUCCUGAUGAUGGACCAUUAUCUACGGUGUUCUUGAUUUACUUUAGAUGAAAUGCUGGAGCUCUAGUUUGCUGGUACAUCGAACAGAUUUUUAUUCCAAAACGCAAUAGAUCCGCUUACCUACAGGAAAAGGUGCUACAGUACAUGGAAUUCAUUGCUCACCGCUGAACCCAUCUUUAAUGUGGAUGAUCUGGGAGCAUACACGUCAACAUGACUGAUUUCAUGUCAUGACAUUUGCUUUUUCUUGUUCAGAGUGUCUUCUGUUGAAAUGGUGGAUGCCUCGUUUUGGAAUGAAUGACUCUCCUUUACAUUAACAGAGCACAGACCUGUACAGUAGCCCCCUGUGUUUGUCUAUUCAUAUUACCAUUCACUCCUAUCAAAGAGUUUGUUUGUAGACUGGAUUAGUGUCGCUCUGUGCAAAUACAUACAUGGGUCUCAUUUAAAUAAGGCCUAUUCACAGCUUCAACAGCAAAUACACCAGCCUUAAUUAUGUGUUACAGACAGCGCUAGUGUUAAUUCUGGAUUGGUAUUACGGGACAAAAAGAGACAGUAGCUAUAUUUAUUGUGGCCUCAGCAACACAUAGUGCAUUUUGCAUGAAUGGAAAGCCGCUCAUCCAAAAGACCUAAUGAUCUGAUGCAUGAGUCUACUAAAAUUGCAUGGCCUUAUAUAAACUGUAAAUCUUACUUUUAUUUUUUUUUGAUCAAUUGCUCUGAAGGUCUAACUUAUUUUUGUAUGUAAAAAGAAAAAGGAACAAUAAAAGUAUCAUUGCUUAAUAAUACCACACAAUAUGACAGCAAAACCCAUGAUCGGUCUAUAGUCAGUCCGCAAUAUCGAUACCAGUAUCAGUGAUUUCCCUCAUUUAUAGUUCAGUGUACGGUAACAUACUUUAUACAAGCUGAAAUUCUAUGCCAUUGCCUUUUUAUAUACCACAAAUGUGUUGUGAUAUAUAGCCUAAUAUUACUUUAUUUAUCAAAUAAAAGCCAAAGCACAUUGAAAUUUCACCCAAUGUCAAUUCAAUGCAGGUUUUCUAUGGACACUUGUGCUUGUCCGAGGUCAUUUGUAUGUAUGUUUAUGGUCUUCUAAGAACGAACACUAAUAGGAUCUUUCAUACAUUUGAUGGUGUAGUUGGGAGCAGAGGGUGUGUUCUGUACAUACGGGUUGGGUGAGCCACGCGGCUCAUACGUGGGUUUCAUUAUUUAUUUAUUUCAUAUUUAUUUGUAUCACUGCUUCCCUGCUUAGAAGUGUAAUACUAUGAAUUCUUUUCAUAUUUAGCUUCUGCGUCAUAUGGUUUUGAACAUUGGAAAUCAAAUGUAAUUUUUCACGCAGGCUUUGUUUAACAUUGCGUUGAAUUACUGGUUGUCAAUAUUUGUGAAAUGUUGUGUAUUUAUUUACUCAUCAGUUGAGUUGUGUGCAACCUGGCUAAUUCAGUAUCAUCAUUUUCUGUAUCACGUAGACUGAAACGAAUGAUAGAACCAAACUGUACUUUCUCCCUGUUUAGCCUGUGGCUUAAAAUGUUACAGAAUAUUAGGAUACGUUACUCUAGACUUGCAUGCCCUGUUGCUAUGCAUUUACUUAGCUUACGAGUUAGACAAAGCAGUUUUGUAUUUUUUAUACAUCAUGUACUUUUUUUACUUGUCCCUUAAUAAAAGUAAUUUUGUGAGUUUUCUGGAA